AUGAAGUCUGCUAUUGCCUUGACCACCAUCCUGGCCGUGGCCAGCGCCGAGCUGGCUCAGUUCUGUGACCAAUAUGGCAACUGGCAAUCGGGUGCCUACUCGGUCGGUAACAACCUUUGGGGCAAGGACUCCGGCUCCGGCUCCCAGUGCACCGCCGUGAACUCCGUCUCCAGCAACGGCGUCGCCUGGUCCACCACCUGGAACUGGAGCGGUGGCAACUCCAACGUCAAGUCCUACGCCAACUCGGGCAUCUCCUUCAACAAGAAGCUGGUCAGCAAGGUCGGCGGCAUUCCCACCUCUGUCUCUUGGACCUACAGCAACUCCAACAUCAACGCCGAUGUCUCCUACGAUCUCUUCACGGCCGCCGAUAUCAACCACGUCACCUACAGCGGUGACUACGAGCUCAUGAUUUGGCUCGCCAAGUACGGCCCUGCUCAGCCCAUUGGCAAACAGAUCGCCACCGCCAACGUCGAUGGCCGCAACUGGGCUCUCUGGUACGGUGCCAACGGCUCCCAGAAGACCUACAGCUUCGUCGCCUCCUCCCCCAUCAACUCCUACUCGGGUGACAUCAAGCACUUCUUCGACUACUUGACCCAGCACCAGGGCUUCCCAGCCAGCUCCCAGUACCUGAUCGACGUGCAGUUUGGUACCGAGCCCUUCACCGGCGGCAAGUCCACCUUUGACGUCUCCCACUGGUCUGCGAGCGUGUACUAG